UAGCUAACACCUCUCGAUCACUUGGAACAUUCCUGCUAGGUAGUCAAGCACACGCCGCGCGGCCAGCAGAGAGGCGCCGGCGGCGAUGGCGGCCAUGCUCCUCCACGGCCUCCUCCGGGCCGUCGUCGCCUGCAUGUGCCUCGCGCGGCUCGCCGGGGCCAGCGCGCCGCCGCCGGUGGUCCGGUGCGGCGGCGCGGCGGGCUGCACCGUGACCAACGCGUACGGCGUGUUCCCGGAUCGCUCGGCGUGCCGCGCCGCGGCGGCGGCGUUCCCGGCGUCGGAGCGGGAGCUGCUGGCCGUGGUGGCCAACGCAACGGCGGCCAGGACCAGGAUGAAGGUGGCCACGCGCUACUCCCACAGCGUGCCCAAGCUGGCCUGCCCCGCGGGGGACCGGGGCCUCAUCAUCGGCACCAACGCGCUCACCCACGUCGUCGCCGUCGACGCCGCCCGGGGGCAGCUCACCGUGGAGAGCGGCGUCACGCUGGGGCAGCUCAUCGACGCCGCGGCGAACGCCGGGCUCGCGGUGCCGCACACGCCCUACUGGCUGGGGCUCACCGUCGGCGGGCUGCUCUCCACGGGCGCGCACGGGAGCUCCUUGUGGGGGAAGGGCUCCGCCGUGCACGAGUACGUCGUCGGGAUGAGGAUCGUCACGCCGGCGCCGGCGGCCGAGGGGUACGCAAGGGUGCGGGCGCUGCGCGCUGGCGACCCGGAGCUGGACGCGGCCAAGGUGUCGCUCGGGGUGCUGGGGGUCAUCUCCCAGGUCACCCUGGCGCUGCAGCCCAUGUUCAAGCGGUCGGUGCGGUUCGAGAGGUGCGACGACGACGACCUGGCCAACCGCGUCGUGGCCUUCGCCCGCGAGCACGAGUUCGCCGACAUCCUCUGGUACCCCGCCCACCGCAAGGCCGUCUACCGCGUCGACGACCGCGUGCCCCUCAACACCUCCGGCGACGGCGUCUACGACUUCAUCGGCUUCCGUCCGACGCCCACGCUCGCCAUCAAGGCCGACAGGCUCGCCGAGGAGGGUUUUGAAGCCAUGAAGAACUCCGGCGGCAGGUGCGUCGCCGCGCUGGCGACGAGGGCCGUCCUCUCCGCCGGCAACUACGGCCUGAUGAAGAGCGGCGGACUGCUGCUGCCGCCGCUGCCGGGGCGGCCGGUGGUGGGGUUCCAGAACCGCAUCCAGUCCUCGGGGCGCUGCCUGGCGGGCCCCGACGACGCCCUGCUCACGGCGUGCCCCUGGGACCCGCGCGUGUCCCACGGCACCUUCUACUUCCAGUCCGGCAUCAGCGUGCCGCUGGCCCGCGCCGCGGCCUUCAUCCGCGACGUGCAGCGGCUCCGCGACCUCGAUCCGGACGCGCUCUGCGGCGUCGAGGUGUACAACGGCAUCCUGCUGCGCUACGUCCGGGCCUCGUCGGCGCUCCUCGGCAAGGCGGAGGACAGCGUGGACUUCGACCUGACCUACUACCGGAGCCGCGACCCGGCGGCGCCGCGGCUGCACGGGGGCGCCGUGGCGGAGGUGGAGCAGAUGGCGCUGCGCAGGUACGGCGGCCUCCCGCACUGGGGCAAGAACCAGAACGCGGCGUUCGAAGGCGGCGCCGCCGGGAGGUACGGCGCGGCGCGGGUGGCGGCGUUCGUGGCGGUGAAGCGCGCGUUCGACCCCGACGGGCUCUUCUCCAGCGAGUGGAGCGACGCGGUGCUCGGGAUCGGCGGCGGCGUGAGCGUGGUGAGGGACGGGUGCGCGUUGGAGGGGCUGUGCGUGUGCGCGCAGGACUCGCACUGCGCGCCAAGCGAGGGGUACUUCUGCCGGCCGGGGAGGGUGUACAAGGAGGCCAGGGUGUGCCGCCGUGACGACGACGACGACUAGCGAGCGACGAGGCACGGGCGCACGGCCGGCAGAGGCUGCUGACGCGGCAAAUUUGGCACCUGGCAGAGUGUUCGUUAACGGUUAAGUGUGCAUGCAAGCGAGAUUUCAGAUUUCUCAAGUGUAUCUACUCUGUCCUACACUGUUUGGUUUACAGGCAACCCCUCCUGUUUUCUUUUUUUUAAAAAAAGAUUAUUAGUC